GCUGGCCGUGGCCGGAGCAGCAUCGCCGAGGGAAGGCAGAGCAGCAGGGGGAGCGCGGCGGCAUGUCGGACAGCAGGAAGGCGGACGUCGGUAACAAAGUGACGGUGGUGCUCGGAGCUCAGUGGGGCGAUGAGGGCAAAGGGAAGGUGGUGGACCUGCUGGCCCAGGACGCCGACAUGGUCUGCAGAUGUCAGGGAGGCAACAACGCAGGACACACCGUCGUAGUCGACUCUGUAGAGUAUGACUUUCACCUUCUACCGAGUGGCAUUAUCAACGCCAACGUCACUGCCUUUAUUGGUAAUGGCGUGGUCAUUCACCUCCCUGGCCUCUUUGAGGAGGCCGAGAAGAAUUUGCGGAAGGGAAAAGGAUUGGAGGGCUGGGAGAACAGGCUCGUCAUCUCUGACCGUGCCCAUAUUGUGUUUGAUUUCCAUCAAGCCGUGGACCGAGUUCAAGAGCAGGAGAGACAGCAGCAAGCUGGAAAAAACUUAGGAACAACGAAAAAGGGCAUUGGCCCAGUGUACUCAGCUAAGGCUGCCAGGAGCGGCCUUAGAAUAUGUGACCUUCUGUCUGACUUUCAGGAGUUCUCAGAAAGAUAUAAAAACCUAGCCCUGCAGUACAAGUCUAUGUACCCGUCUUUGGAGAUAGAUAUUGAUGGGGAGCUGAUGAAGCUCGAGGCAUACGUGGACAGAAUAAAGCCUAUGGUGAGAGAUGGGGUGUUCUUCAUGUAUGAGGCUCUGCAUGGGCCUCCUAAAAAGAUUCUGGUGGAAGGUGCCAAUGCUGCCCUGCUGGACAUUGACUUUGGAACCUACCCUUUCGUAACCUCGUCCAACUGCACCGUGGGUGGCGUGUGCACGGGUCUGGGCAUGCCACCUCAGAAUGUGGGAGAGGUUUAUGGGGUUGUCAAAGCCUAUACCACCCGUGUGGGCAUCGGUGCCUUCCCCUCUGAACAGAGCAAUGAAAUUGGAGAGCUGCUUCAGACGAGAGGAAAGGAGGUGGGUGUGACCACCGGCCGCAAGAGGAGAUGCGGUUGGCUGGAUCUGGUGCUCGUCAAGUAUGCCCACAUGAUUAAUGGCUUUACAGCCUUAGCUUUAACCAAAUUAGACAUCUUGGACGUCCUCCGUGAGAUCAAAGUUGGUGUGGCGUACAAGGUGGACAAUGAAUGCAUACCGCAUUUCCCAGCGAAUCAGGAGGUGUUACAGAGGGUUGAGGUCCAGUAUGAGACUUUGCCUGGCUGGAACAGUGACACCUCAACUGCUAGGACCUUCGAGGAGCUUCCAGAAAAUGCACAGAAAUACGUUCACUUCAUUGAGGAGCAUUUAGGGGUGCCUGUGAAAUGGAUUGGCGUCGGCAAGUCGCGGGAGUCUAUGAUUCAGCUGUUUUAAAGAAAACAGCCAGGCUGUGUAUGGCCCGCACUGGGUGAGCCCCUCUUUUUCUGCACAGUGCACGAGGCUUAUCGAGGGGCCUGCUGAUUCAGGGCCAGAGAAUGGUCCCUGCUUCUCACCUCUCCACUCCCUGCAGAUUCCUGCUGGCAGAAAAAAAACAGGUUCUUUCUCCUUCAUGAUAUGAUCCUCUAGUCAAGAACUAUUUCUAACCCUUUUCUUUGGAGGUCUGCAUAGGGCACCAUAGUGGAACGUCCUUUGGUCAUUAGGAAAGAGGCUCUUCAGUCUCUCACUAGCACCCAGGGGUCAUUUCCAUUCCUCUUUAUGGAUGUACUUUGUGUUUUGUCUUUGAUGCAGCAAUUACAGUCUGCUUUUAAUGAGCUUUUAGAGCAUCAUCGAGCUCAAAACCUCCAUCUUUAUGUGCCAUGAUCUUUAAUCUGGUUAAACUUCAUUAAUUGAAGUUUUUAGAAUUUCUUGCCAUUGUGCAGUGUGCACACAGAGUGAUUGACAGAAAAAUUAAAUUUGUGCCAUUUUUCCUUCACCCCAAACAUACUUAAUCAGCCGAAACAUGUUUGAUGCCUCAAGUUUGUUUCUUUUUGAUCUGGAGUUACUAAGUUAAAGUAAUGGACGUCUGUGUCACCCAGAUUUUUUAUAGGUGACAUAUAAAAUUAUCUCAGGAAGCAAAAUCCAGACACCAAACAUGUCUUGGCUGAUUUAUUACAUUUGGGGUAAGGGGAGGAUUGUGUAAAUUUAGAUUUUUCAGUGAAUGAGUCCUCUAAUAUAAACCCUCACCCUGAAUGUAGAUUUUAACUUUUUCCCUAUUUUCAUCAAAGUUAUGUUCAAGGUUAGAAUUUUCUCAUGCAGAACUAAACUACUGUCUUUAUCCAGGCCAGUGCAUUUGCCUAUUUCUAGAUUAAACGUCUCAAGAACAUUUAUGUCUAGAUUCAAUUCCUCAAGGAAAGGACAACAACCUUUUUUAUUUUUAACAGGGGGUGAAAACUAUCUGGUUUAACUAUCUGGUUAAAACUAACCAGAUGUGUAUUUCUGUGCCACGUUAGUCAACCUGAUUUAAAGUUUACAGUUACAGUUAUAGUUCAUAUAAUGUUAAACUAUUGGAACGUAAUUCGUAUGUGUUUAAUAUUAACUUUUUCAUGAUUCCUAAUUAAUUUCCAAUGUCAGUUAUACAUUGUAUUGUUGAUAUGGUUGUCCUCGUUCACCUAAUGUUGAAUGACCAUAGAUUUAAUUUGUUCCCACUGAAAAUCUUAAAUAUAUUAUAAUUUUUCACAUCAUAACUAAUAAUUUCCAUGGUAAAUUUCUAUAUAUGAAUGUCCAUUUGGUCAGCCUGGUCAGUGUGAGUGUGCAAUUAGUUCAUACAUGUAACCUGAGAAUUUAAUUAUUUUAUUUAUUUUCCAUUUUAUCAAGUAUACAUUUACUAUAAAUAUGGCUAAUAUUGAUGAGCCCUGUCUCCUGACCAUGAAAGUGUAUUAACUUUCCUAUGUUCUACAUAUGUCUAGAUAUGUAGUGUUGCACAUCUACUACAAAGACAGGUUUUGGCAGUUAGUUAUCUGUUGCCAGGCUAGUUACAAGAUCUCAUCUGGCUCAGCGAGACUGCUGUCAGGCCAACUUGAAUGUAUAUUCAACAUUGAGAUCAAUUACAUAUGACUCAGUUUAGUUGCUUUAGUUUUAGUCUCAGGAUUCUCUGGCGAUCAUAACGGUGUGUAUUUUUUAUUUCUGAUUGUUGGAUGGUUUGACUUCUCUGCUCUUUCUGAAUGUUAUGGGGAUUUUAGAGUAUAUUUAACAAAUGUCAUUGUUCUCCACACUGCAAACUGUACACUGUAAACUGUAUAACUUUUGCCGCAAUGUAGCUGGGCUGUGAUUUAGAGUGCUACUCGGUCAGCAUAUUGAGAAUGAAGUUUUGCAUUUUAUAUUUAACCACUCUGCUGUUUGUUAGACAAGGUCACUACGAUGUACAUUUAUAUUCUUAAAAAAGAAUAUAUUGGUUAUUGAAAGUUUUGAGCAUCGACAGUUGGAAAUGUUUCUGAAUAAAGCCUGUCUGGUAAAUACUGUAA